AUGCCGACAUUUUUAUUGAGAAAUUUCUUAAGGUUAUUCCAAAGGAAAUCUAAAUUUCUUAUUAUUCCAAUAAUUUUUAUAACAAUCUUAUUAUAUCUAUUUUUUUCACUCCCUAAUAUUUCAUCAUCAUCAUCAUCACCAUCGUCAUCAUAUAAUUACAAUAAUAUAAUCAAUCCACAACAUUGGAUAGAAUCAUUUGACUCGACUAUAUCAAGUGAUUUACCUGUAUUAAAUGAUUUGCCUAAAUCAAGUGAGCUGCCUGAACCAAAUGAUUUAUCUGAUCUAAAUUUAAAACAAUUCUACAGUUCUUUAAUGGAGACUUUAAUAGAACUGUCACCAGAGGGAGAAUGUGGCAAAAACUAUAACAGUAAUUGUAAGUUGGAAGGCGCUUUAGGUGGUGAUCCAAGUGGUGAUGAUUACAAGAACUGGUUCAAAGCUACCUAUGACAAUUUGUCUGAAUGCCUGAUGUUAACUGAUUACCAAAUUACUAUGUUACGUAACAAACACUCUAUGGUCACUGACUUUAUCAAUCAAAUAACUCUACCUAAUAAUGCUAUAGGCGGUAAGGGGAUCGUUAUUGUUGGUGGUGGGAAAUAUUCUUUAUUAGCUGCAAUGAAUAUCGAAGUUUUAAGAUAUUUUAACACAACUUUGCCCGUUGAAAUCUUUAUCCCACCUGGUGAAAAUGAUCCUAGUUUCUGCCAAAAUUAUUUACCUAAAUUAAAUGCAAAAUGUACGCAAGUCGAAGAUAUCUUCAAUGAAGCUACUAUCCAGAAUGUUCAUUUUAAAGGGUAUCAGUAUAAAUCAUUGGCUUUAUUAUCCUCAAAAUUUAAAGAUAUUUUAUUCUUAGAUGCUGAUAAUUUCCCAAUUAAAAAUUUAGAUUCUAUCUUCGAUGAUAUCGCAUAUAAAGCUAAUGGUAUGAUUCUUUGGCCCGAUUUCUGGAGAAGAACAGACUCACCAAGAUAUUAUGAUAUAGCCAAGAUCAAAUAUAAUAGAGAUAAAAGAGUUAGAAAUUUGAUUGACGAUCUUACCCCAGUAGAAGUUUACACUGAAAAUUUGAAUGAUAUGAAAAACGUUCCAUUCCAUGAUCUGGAAGGUACAAUUCCCGAUCUUUCCACAGAAUCCGGUCAAUUUUUAAUAAAUAAAUCAAUUCAUUGGAAAACCAUAGCUCUAUCGCUUUAUUAUAAUUUAAAUGGUCCAAAUUGGUACUAUCCAAUUUUUACACAGGGUGGCCCUGGUGAAGGUGAUAAAGAAACUUUUAUUUCUGCUGCUACUGUGUUUGAAUUACCAUAUUAUCAAACUAGAAGGAAACCUGCAAUCGGUGGUUACCAUCAUGAUGGAUUCCAUGGUGUUUGUAUGUUACAAGAAGAUUUCAGAAUAGAUUUCCAAAACUAUCUAAUGGCUAGAAAAGAAUUGAAUGAUAAAUAUAAGAAUUUCGAAACGCACACUUUUACUAAUCAAAGCCAUAAUGUUUUAAAACAUUUCUAUGAAACUUAUUUCACCUACGAUGAACCGGAUGUUAUGUUUGUCCAUUUCAAUUUCCCUAAACUAGACCCUGUAGAAUUAUCAAAGGAUCACAGAUUCAUACUAAAAAAUGGUGAACAACUUAGAAGUAUUUCUGAUUUGAAACCUCUUAGAUAUUUCGAUUUGGAAUUGAAUGUCAAUCAGAAAUUGAAAGAGGUUGUAUGUGAUAUGGAUAACAGAUUUGUUUACAUACUUAAAAGUUUUGAGAAUCCAGAGACUACUAAGGAAACAGUCUGUAAUUAUAUUGAGAAAAGAAUUAAAUUCUUAUCUGAAACACAUUUUGAAGCCACCACCUCUAAAUAA